AUGAUUAGUUCAAAUAACCGAGGUAAUUACAUUGAAUUAUUAGAAACAUUUGCUGAUGAUAAACUUAUAGUUCGCUUACGUUCAAGAUAUGGGCAUUAUACAAGUCCCAGUUACCAGAAUGGUUUCAUAAAGGUACUGGCUGAAUGUACUAGAGAAAAUAUUUUAAACAAAAUGUCAUUAUUUGGUGCUUUUGCUAUUCUUGUUGACGAAACCAAAGAUGCUUCCAAAAAGGAACAAUUAAGUUUUGUGUUGAGGUUUGUUGAUAAAGAUUUUGAUGUUUAUGAGCAUACACUAGGAUGUUUUCAUAUGACAAAUUCAACUGCUCAAAGUUUAUCAGAUGAAAUAAUAAAAAUUGAAAUUCGCGAAGUUCUCAAUGUACUAUCAUUAAAAUAUGAUGAAAAAUCUAAAGUGAUGGCAAUAGGAUAUCUUGAAGAAAUAUCAUCUCAGAAAUUUAUAUCAAUUCUGAUUUCUAUGGAAUCUAUACUGGAAAUAGUUCACUGUGCAUCAAAUGAAUUACAAAAUAAACUAGACAUUAAGAAGAUCCAGAAAAGAAAGCAAGUUCUCAAUAAGAACUUUCAAGAUUAUGUUGUUUCAUCAACUGUGGGCAAAAAUAUUACAAAAUGUACUUCUUUAGAAAGUUUGAAAACAAAUAUUUAUUUUGAAGCAAUUGACAGAUUUACAGUUGAAUUAAAUUCAAGAUUUUCAAAUGAUGUAAGUGAUGUAUUAAUGGUAACAGAAAUUUUUAAUACUUCUAGUUUAGAAUUUUUUAAUCCAGAUUCUAUUUACUUAAAACGCUUUGUUGAACACUAUAAUUAUUUCAAAAUUGACAAUAUUCUUUUAACAUCAGAAUUUUUAUGUGCUAAAACCUUAUGCCUUUCAGAACACUAUGAAAACCUAAAUCUGUUUAAGAUUUCGCAUAUACUCCACAAAGUUCAGAAUGCUUUUCCUGAAACAUUAAAAAUAAUUUCAAUCUUAAUGACUUUGCCAGCAACAACAGAUACAAAUGAAAGAUUUUUCUCAUCUCUUAAAAGAGUAAAAAAUUAUUUAAGGUUAACCAUGGGGGAUCAUAGAUUGAGUGACCUUUUGGUUGUUAAUGUUGAAAGCACUGAAGCAUCUAAAAUAAAUUUAGAAAAAGCUGUUGAUAAAUUUGCACAUUUAAAAGAACGCCGUUAUCCAUUAACAUUUUAA